AUGAAAAUUGCAUUCCGCUAUUCCUACGACCUUUUCGUAAUCGGAGGAGGCUCAGGCGGUCUGGCCAGUAGCAAAGCAGCAGCCCAAUUGGGAAAGAAAGUUGCUCUGGCAGACUACGUUGUUCCCUCCCCACACGGUCAAACUUGGGGCGUCGGAGGAACUUGUGUAAAUGUUGGGUGCAUCCCCAAAAAAAUGUUUCAUUUUGCUGCUCAAUUGGGCGAUUAUAGACAAGAUUAGGGCAAAGUAGGUUGGAGUGGCAUUAACGAAAAUGGCUCUCAUGAUUGGAAUAAGUUGGUGCAAGUCGUAUCCAAUCUGAUCCUCAGACUCAAUAGAAUGCACGAAAAUAAUCUCAAAAUCGCCGGAGUCCAAUAUAUAAAUUCAUUGGCAAGGUUGGUAGAUCCUAACACCAUUGAGCUUACUGAUUAAAAGGGACAGAAGAGUACAGUCACUGCUGAAAAGAUAAUCGUUUCAGUCGGAGCCAGACCAAAAUCAUACGAAGGGUUGGAUCCUCAGAAUUAUAUUACAUCAGACGAUCUGUUUUGGAUGAGAAGACCACCUGGCAAAUCCUUGAUUAUUGGAGGAUCCUAUGUGGCCUUAGAAUGUGCAGGGUUUCUGAAUGGAUUGGGAUUUGAUACACAAGUGCUGGUUAGAAGUAAAUUACUUAGGAAAUUCGAUCAAUAAUAUGCACAAUUUGUGGGACAAUAUAUGGUUGAAAGAGGAGUUAAGUUUCACUAUGGAUGUACACCUUCUAAAAUUGAAGGUUAAACUGUUACUUGGAAGGACAAGAAUGGAAAGGAGUAAUCAGAAAAGUUUGACACUGUUUUGAUGGCUAUUUCAAGAUAAGCCAACACUCAAAAUCUAGGAUUGGAGAGAGUUGGAAUUUAAACUGAUUAAGAUCAAAAGAUCAUCGUCAAUAAGUAUGACCAAACUAGUUGUCCAAAUAUUUAUGCUGUGGGAGAUUGCGUUUCUGGAAAAUUAGAAUUAACUCCAACUGCUAUAAUGGCAGGAAGGAAGCUAAUCAGGAGAUUAUAUCAGGGUUCAUCAGAUAUCAUGGAUUAUAGAGAUGUGGCUACAACAGUUUUCACACCCUUAGAGUACAGCUGCAUCGGAUUAUCAGAAGAGAAGGCUGUUGAGAUGUAUGGGAAAGAUAAUCUCAAGAUUUUUGAGAAUGUUUUUAAGCCAGUGACUUGGAACAUUAGUGCUAGAAACCCAUCGAUUUGUUAGGGCAAAUUAAUAGUCAGAAAAGACAAUGACUAAAUAGUUGGAUUCCAUUACAUUGGACCUGAGGCUGCUGAAGUGACCCAAGGCUUUGCAGUGGCCAUUAGAAUGGGAGCUACUAAGUCAGAUUUUGAUUCGACUGUCGGAAUUCAUCCAUCUGCAGCAGAGGAAAUGGUGUAAAUGAAAAAAUUUAGAUGA